AUGGCACUUCUUCAGUGGGUUGUGGCCACCCUUCUUACGAUCACUGGUGUUUCGGCCCAGUCAAUUGCCCAUAUCAAUGGCGACCGCUUCUUAUCGGCGCUUAAUGGACAAAAUGUGAGCAACGUGACGGGAAUUGUCACAGCAAAGGGGCCUGACGGCAUCUGGCUUCGAUCUGUUAACCCAGGUCAAGAUAAGCGCGUCUCAGACGGCCUAUAUGUGUACGGUUCUGCGCUCGCCAAGAACACCAGCAUCAGCGUCGGGGAUGUCAUCGUCGUCGACGGUAAAGUGAACGAAUACCGUUCCAGCAAGGAUUACCUGUACUUGACAGAGCUCGCGUCGCCAAAAGUAGUGGCGGUUCUAGAGCACGGAAAAGAUGUCAAUCCGAUCGUAAUCGGCACUAAGGGCCUUUGUCCGCCCACCGGACAAUAUUCUGGUCUGGAUAAGGGUGAUGUAUUUGCCGUACCGAACAACCAAAGUCUGAUCUCAGUCGAGAACCCUCAACUGGAACCGGAAUUAUACGGCUUGGACUUCUGGGAGAGUCUGAUGGGUGAAUUGGUGACGAUUGAGAACCCUCGUGCAGUAGGGAGGCCAAACCAGUACGGUGACACAUGGGUCGUUGGGGACUGGAGCACAACGGGAGAUAAUGACCGGACUGGUCUCACCGUCUCCCCUGGAGACGGCAACCCAGAGGCCAUAAUAAUCGGCAGCCCGCUCGACGGCUCGGACAACCCGACGGAUACACGGCUGGGUGACCACCUCGAAACUAUUACAGGUGUCGUCUACCAAGUCUUCGGGUUCUACACCAUCUUACCUCUAACGAACAUAUCCGUCGUCCAAUCCCUAGCCCCCGCGGUACCCCCACCGACUUCCCUCGUCAGCGACGGGACGUGUGCGGGCGUCACGGUCGGCAGCUACAACAUCGAGAACUUCUACGCGGGGGACACCGCGCACGUCGAAGCCAUCGCGAAGCACAUCGUCGAGUAUCUGCGGACGCCGGACCUCGUCGCCGUCCAGGAGAUCCAGGACGACAACGGCGAAACGGACGACGGCACCGUGGACGCGGACCAGACCCUCGACGCGCUGGUGGCGGCCAUCCGGGAUUUCAGCAAUAGUACCGGCGUGAGCUACAAUUACACGUACAUCAGCCCGCUCAACGACGAGUCGGGCGGCGCGCCCGGCGGCAAUAUCCGCGUCGCGUACCUGUACCGCGCGGACGUGCUGCAGCUGCGCAACCCGGCGGAAAAGGGCAACGCGACGACGGCGAACGAGGUCCUGCCCGGCCCCGAGCUUAGGUAUAACCCGGGAUACGUGGACCCCGGCAACGCGGCGUGGACGGAUAGCAGGAAGCCGCUGGCCGCGGCGUGGGAGCUCGUGGGAGGAGGAGGAGGAGGGAAGGGGCGCCCGCUGUUCACGGUGAAUGUGCACUGGACUUCGAAGGGCGGCAGCUCGUCGCUGCACGGCGACGCGAGGCCGCCUGUUAACGGGGGUGUGGGGACGAGGCAGAUGCAGGCUGAGGUUACGGCGUCCUUCAUCGCCACCCUCCUCGCCGCCGACCCGUCGGCCCGCGUAGCGGCGCUAGGCGACUUCAACGAAUUCGCGUUCGCGGCUCCCGUCGCGGACUUCGCGCGCCUUUCGGGGCUCGCGGACCUCGACGCGGCGGCCGGGAUCGCGCCAGAGGAGAGGUACACGUACCUGUACGAUAUGAACUCGCAGGAGCUGGACCACGUGUUUGUGAGCCCGGCGCUGGCGGCGAGUUUAAAGGGGUUCGAACACGUUCAUGUUAAUACUUGGGUUGAGUAUGAUGGGAUGGCGUCGGAUCAUGAUCCUAGUGUUGCUAUGUUUGAUAUUUGUUAG